CCCGCUCAAACCAAAAUUGAUCUUUUUGCGAGAUCCGGUUCUUAUUCAUAUACUAAAGUGAAGAAUGAUAAGCUGACCAAAGCUCUUAUUAUGCGAAAAAAGCUCAAGGAUUCUAUAACAUAUUGUUCACUAACCACCAAUUUGUGGACGUCUCGUAAUAGACAAGGAUACCCUCACACUGCCAAUGUUAUCCAAGAAAAAUUAGAAGAAGUAAUUGAAAACUGGGGUCUCACCGGAAAGCUUGUUGUUGGAAAGGGUUUGAUGCCUGUUGAAAUAAUUACUAAAACUUCAACAUACCUUCGUGCAAAAAUAGAUGUGUCCACUCCAACAUUAAGUGUUUCAAGUACAUCUGAAGCAAGAAAAGAUGCAAGAAGAUUAAAAGAAAUACAAUUAACUGAUAAUGAGUGGGAUUUGAUGCAAGAUAUUGUUAAUAUUUUGGGUUCCUUCUUUGAAGUUACAGAAUUACUCGGUGGUUCCGAAUAUGUUACAUUUUCCUAUAUGAUCCCCUCUAUUUUAGGAUUGAUAGAUAAGUUGGAUUGCUCUACAGACCAUUUAGAUAAAUCGAAUAACAUAAAUUUUGAAAUGCCUAACCUAGUAUUCGACAAUAAUGUUGGAUUUGUUGAUGCACAGGAAGAGGAAGAAGAUGAUGAAGAAUUAUUCCUUGCAUACCUUUUGGAUUCGAGGUUUAAAAAAUUAAGAUUUGCAACAUCAACUCAACAACUCCAACCUUUAGAUUUUAAUGAACAACUUUCAGCUGAAAAUAAUCAGAGGAAAUGCAAAAUCUAUCAAAAAACAUUCAUCAAAUCUCUUUUUAUGCAAAAUACUGUUGAUGAGCCAAUUAAUGAAAUUAUAAGCUUGCAAAACAGUAUCUUGCAAUACCCACAACCUCAACUUCGA